GAGCUGCCUGAUGCAUAUGGAUAGUGUGAGCAGAGCUAUUAGGCAAUGAGGGAAUCCUGGAGGAUAUUCAGCCUGCUGUGACCUAAUUCCUAUGUUGCAUUGAACUGAUUCUCCCCAGGGAUGAGAAUCUGCAAGAUGGUCCGGGUGGCUAGUGUUCUGGGUCUGGUGAUGCUCAGUGUGGCUCUCUUAAUUUUGUCCCUCAUCAGCUAUGUGUCUUUGAAGAAAGAGAACAUUUUCACCACCCCAAAAUAUGCCAGCGCCGGGGGCCCCAGAAUGUAUAUGUUCCAUGCAGGUUUUAGAUCUCAAUUUGCAAUGAAAUUUCUGGAUCCCUCAUUUGUACCAAUUACAAAUUCAUUAACACAGGAGUUACAAGAAAAACCUGCCAAGUGGGUGUUUAACAGGACAGCAUUUUCACGACAAAGGCGAGAAAUACUGCAGAAUGUUGAUGUAAUCAGAAAUUUCUCUUUGACCAAGAACAGUGUACGGACUGGGCAGCUAAUGCACUAUGAUUAUUCCAGCCACAAAUAUGUUUUUUCUAUCAGCAAUAACUUCAGAUCACUGCUUCCAGAAACAUCACCCAUAGCGAAUAAGCAUUAUAAUAUCUGUGCUGUUGUCGGAAACAGUGGCAUUCUAACAGAAAGUCAAUGUGGAAGUGAAAUUGACAAGUCCGACUUUGUCUUUCGUUGUAACUUUGCUCCAACAGAGGCUUUCCAAAAAGACGUUGGAAAGAAAACAAACCUUACCACGUUUAACCCAAGUAUCCUAGAAAAGUAUUAUAACAAUCUGUUGACCAUACAGGAUCGGAACAAUUUCUUCUUGAAUUUAAAAAAGCUUGAUGGGGCCAUUUUGUGGAUCCCAGCUUUCUUCUUUCAUACAUCUGCUACGGUUACACGAACAUUAGUUGAUUUUUUUGUGGAGCACAAAGAGCAGCUGAAGGUUCAGUUAGCUUGGCCUGGUAACAUCAUGCAACAUGUCAACAGAUAUUGGAAAAACAAGCACUUAUCACCAAAAAGGUUGAGCACAGGUAUUUUAAUGUACACCCUUGCUUCCUCAGUGUGUGAAGAAAUUCACUUGUAUGGAUUUUGGCCAUUUGGAUGGGAUCCCAACACAGGGAAGGAUUUACCGUACCAUUAUUAUGACAAAAAAGGGACCAAAUUCACCACCAAGUGGCAGGAGUCCCACCAGCUUCCUGCCGAGUUUAAACUGCUGUAUAAAAUGCACAGAGAAGGACUCACAAAGUUGACUUUGUCACACUGUGCCUAAGAACAAAAAAAAAUGUGAAGUGCCAAGUGUUUUAUCAAAGUGCCCAAAAUGUAAUGGAAUAUUCGUCAGACAUGAACAAAAUGUACUUCAUGACCUAGAAUGUAGAUUUUUUUAAAUUUAUUUUUUGUCCAUAGCUGGGUCACAUUAGGGUAGAUCUCCAGUUGGUGAUCAGUAAUCGGAUCACUAGAAAUUCAGUUAGCAGGCAGAGAAUCAUGGGAACUGUAGUUCAUAAAUCACACGAGGAAAGUAAGAAAUGGAACUCUCUGGAGAUAAACAACUUGGUUUAUUGUAGCAUAUUUUGUUUACUUUUUUUGUAAAGAACAGAAAGAUUACUAGUUACUCUGAACCUGAUCUUGGAUUGCAACUCCCAUCAUCCUCAGAGACAGGUUUAGCAUAAGGCAGACUAAUCCUAAAGAGUAACUCUUAUAAGGAUGGAUACAGCAGGAGGUAAAGGGGGUGUCGAUUAAAUGAAGCAUAGCCCUUCUGCCACUUGGUUAAUUUCAUCCACUUUGAGCCAUAUCUCACCCAUUUCUAUCGUAUCCCAUUUACAUUCAAUCCAUACCAAUCACACAAAGCAUUAUCAUUCAAUUCAUAUAUUUGCUUUAUUUAAAACAUUUUAGUAUGUCUGCCCUCUUUCUGCCAAGAAUUACAUAGGGUGCAGAGCUCAUACUUAGCCAAUUACAGGCCAACAUUUUGUUUUUUGUUUUUUAGUUUAGUUUUUAGUGUUUCUGUGAGUUUUGUGUUUUUGUGUUUGUUUUAGGGACAUGGUUGUCCUAAGAGUCUGUUUGCUAAUGGCAAUUUAUUUACUAAAUAGUGAAUUGAGUUGAAUGGAAAAUGUAUUUUGACAAAUUUAAGCCCAAAAAGCUGUGUUUGCAAAAUUCUUCAACUUAUCUUUCUGACUAAAAUCAAUGUUGUAAUUCUAUUUUAAUGGGUUUUAUUUCCAGUUUUUGAUGAUUCACUGUUUAGCAAAUAAUUCCCCUUUUGGUGACCUAAGUGCCAAUAAAAUUCAGUUUGAAAUACAAAUGUUUGUCUAUCUUAGCCAUUUUGAUGUAAUAUUUGGAACUUUGUGAACAGACCACAAAGAUUAUUCUCUUAUGGCUGAUGACAAAUAAGAUUAUUACCAUGGUACUUAGCAUAUUGCUUAGUGACUAUAAAAUAUUUAGAAUAAAUCUUAAUUUUGGACAUUGAAACCCUUAUGACUUUCAUAGAUUGAUUCAGGGAUCCUAAUUUUUGUGGGCUAAUUUUCAAUUAAUUAUUAUUAUUAUUUUUGCAAAUUUCACAUUAUUAUUUAUAUGUUACUAAGUGGAUAAUGAGAAUGACAAAGUAUUUUAGAAAUAGAUGUUUGGUUUAUUGUCUUCUGUUAAUAUCUAUAUUUUCAAAUGUUUUAGUGAACAUUUCAGUCUGAUUUUCAAACCUAAUUAUUGGUGAUCUUACCAAUAGACAAAGCACUUUUUUUGUAAGCAAGUUAAUUUUUCUGGUGUUUUUUUUUUUUGUUGUUUUGUAAUGUGGAAAAAUAUAAAGGGGUUUAUUUACUAAGCAGUGAAUUGUGGCAAAUUGAAAAACAGAUUUGCAAGAUUUUAGCCAAAAUAAAAAAAGAUUAGAAUGUAGCUGACCUGCAAAAUAGUUAACAUUUUGCUAUUUGGCUUCUAUUACUACAAAUUCUGUUUUUAAUUCACCACAAUUCACUAUUUAGCAAAUACACCCACGUUUCAUGAUUUUAUGCAAUCCUUGAAAUUGAAUCAUUGAAAAAAAUGGAUUUGUUCAAUUAUGUUAAUUUUCAGCAUUUGUUUGCAUAAUGAAAAUGUGGUUUUAUUUGCUGUAGGACAGACAUUGUUGGAUUUGGGAAGUAUACAAUAAUGUCAUACAUACACAUACCACAACUAACUAAACUCUGAGAUUGUAUCUAAUGUAUCAGAAACAAAGCUAGUUAUAUUCAUAGACUCUAUCAGCAAACUUAUUUUACUUUAUCAGAUAACAAAAGGGCAUUAGAUUUGAUACUGACAAAUACAGAUAUUAAUUAUAUUGAAGAGAUAACGUAUUUUAACACUACUGCAAAUGUUAUACAUUUCGUGAGCAAUGACCAGCAGUGUAACCGUUUUAAAAAUAAGUAUAAAUAACACAUUUUUGGGGGUGAAAACCUUGAAACUUUUACAAGCACAUGGCAUUAAAGACUGAAAGACUGUGAGAUAUGUAUGUAACUCUACCAGAGUUAUUUAACAAAAUUUAAAAAUUCAAGAUGAAUUCAAAAUUAAUUUUACAUUUCAGGCCAAAAUAGAAACAUUUGAAAAAUAGUCAGCUACAUCCUCGAAAUCUGAAAUUCACUUUGGAUUCUCAUUUUAGUAAAUAGCUCUGUUGGUCAGUAAUACAUCACCCUGGCACUGCACGUUAGGUAAUUAACAUGCCCCUUGAUGUUUGCGAGGUUUUGGAUUGCCAGAGCGUCACGGGAAAAGUAAUUUGCAUAGUAUCUGCAGAGCCAAGGUUAUCUAUCGUUGGCCUAGGAGGUCUUUGGAGAGUUACCAUUUGUAAAAUGUCUGUUAAAACUGUUAAUACUCUGACAGUAUGGCUAUCAAUGUACAUUUAAUAACAUUGUAAGAUAAAAUGGAUUUAAUAUUUAUUUUGUUGUACUAGGGAAUGAAGCACUUGAAAUGAUCAAUGAACAUAAAAUAAGCCCAAGACAGUUCUGGGGCUGUGCCAAAUCUGUGUAAAAUAUUAUGGAAUGGCAUGAAUUGAUGAGAAGGUUUAACUGUUAAAGCGGGCAUAAAGCAGUGUUAGUUCCUGAAAUCUAUGGGCUAAAUAUUCCAUUAAUGGCAAAGCUUCAUGUGUUAAAGAAUUUACCCACUAAACAGAUGUAAAGUGAUGAAAAACGUCAUGCCAAAAUAGUAUAACUUAUUGGGACUUAAAGGGAAUCUCCAGGUGAAUGACCUCUUUUAAAUGCAUGAUGGAAAGAAAUGCAAACAAACGGCGUAUUCACCUGUGAAUGUCUUGUAUAGUGGAAAUGUGUGGCUUCUUAAAAGACCAACAGUGUAGUUUCGAUUACCUGAUACAUUAACUGCAUUCAUGUUUUUUUAUGGAUGAACAAAGCAAGUCACAACAUAACUCCCCAUGUAAAGUUACCAAUCAGGACUGGGUUUUUAUCUGCAGGAGUUUUACUGAAUUGUUAUAAGCAGCAGAAUGCAUGGAGACAUAGCAGAUUAUUCUAUAGAAUUGUAAAGAGCUGCAAGAUAUGUUGGUAAAAUAUGUGAAAAAUGCUAAUAAUAAUAAUAAUAAUAUUAUCGAUGUUAUCCUAUCUGAUGGCCUUUGAAUGUAAAGGAACAUUCCAAUCACCAUAUAGCACGUUGUAGUGUUUAUAGCAGGGGUAGGCAACCUGCGGCACUCCAGGCGUUGUGGACUACAUCCCCCAUAAUGCUCUUAAACUCGCAAUGCUGGCAAAGCAUCAUGGGAGGUGUAGUCCACAACAUCUGGAGUGCCGAAGGUGGCCUAUGCCUGGUUUAUAGUGUCAGGAGUGCCCUGGUCCCACCCCCAAAAAAAGUAGUCAAAUUGUUUUAGAAUCGUUUGACUUCUUUCCUGGUGUCCAUUGGGUGCUACUUGUUACCUCUUCUGGAGCCAAAAAAACUCUCUGCCUGACCUAAGUCCACUAAUGCAAGGCUUAGCUGAUUGGCAAAGUGCAAUCAGCUGACACACUUAAAAAAUUUGCUUGCAUUGCGCUGUUAACUUAGCUCAGGAGAGCUAAUGAAAACUCCUAGUAAUAGCUUCUAGAAACCCAGAAUGACUUGUCAACUUACAUAGGGGGUAGAGGAGUCAGGGCACUCCAGACACCAUCACCACUAAAAUGCAUAUAGGUGGUUAUCUUGCGCUGAGUGUUCCUUUAAUCCAGGAACUGCACAAUUACAGUGACAAGGCUGUACUACAGAUUGUAAGAAAGAAUCCUGAAUAUGUUUAGACCUUAUCAGUAUCCCGAAAAUCUGCUACUCAGUCUUAUUUUUCACUGUAAGUAAAACAUGAAGAUAAAAUGUCCAAUAUGGUGAAAAAGGGUAAAUAUAAUGGGCUUGGCUUACUUUUACAAAAUGUGAGCACUCAUAGGGGCACUGGUGUUAUUUUUAAUGUAGUUCCAUUGUAAUUUAAUGUAAUGCAGAGCUUACUGGUCACAAGUCCUUAUUGCAUCAUUAAACUGCGAACUGAUACAAUUUGUCAUGUUUUCCUGUGACUUCCAGAUUAUCCUGGAUGUCACAAACCCUUUGUAUGACACGCAUCUUUAUGAUGACUUAAACACUUUCCUUUUUGCCAUUUUAACACUUAUAUCAGAUAUGAUUGUAGCUAGAUCUCAACUAUAAGACGUUUUAUUAAGAGUUUUCUAACUUUAGGGGAGGACACUAUAUGUAACGUACCUCUAGCAGACCAAUUUAGCCAUGCAUUGUACGUGGAAGCUUAGAAUAAAAGAAGGAUGGGUCCAGGGUAAUGACGCGUACUGGAACCAAAAGCUAUGAGUUUCUGGUAUGUAGUGUACAAUAUCUCAUUCAAUGUAUCAAAGGUGUAAUGUUCUGGCAAGCUGCAUAAAAUGAACUUUAUAUCUACUGGUUCCUCAUUACAGAUCUUCACACUCAAGCUUGCAUUUGCAGUAAUCCAAUGUUUUAAAAUUUGUUUAAGACCAAUUGUAUUCACCAAAGAUGCGGUACAAUUCAAACCACAUGCUAAAGGCAAAUGAUAUCAAAAAUGGAAAGAAAAAAAACUAGAUGCUUUUUUGAUAAAUUUUAUCAGAAGUGAAUUUGGGGCAUCUAGGACAUGUUGCCAUCUCCCUUUCAGCCCGAGUAAGUCCUACACAUGUUGUAACGCCAACCAUGUUUUUGUCGUCAACAAAAAAUAUAGGAGACAUGUAUUACAGUUAUGAACAUAUUUAGAUUUAUUUGUUUUUAAAAAUCUUUGGUAUGGAAAAGAAAGACCCAUGGGAAAGCAUUGGAUUGGCAAAAAAUCAGCAAUUCUGAUGAUGUCACCAAGGGGGAGGAGCUAGCGCCAGCGGACCCGCGCGACGCCGGAAUUAAGCUGAGUUUUAUUCCUUUGAAGGGGGCUGAGGGGGGCAAGCCACCUAAAUGGUGAGUUAAACACUAUAGGGUCAGGAAUAAAUGUUUGUGUUUCUGACCCCAUAGUGUUCCUUUAAGUGUAUCUCGUGCCAUAGAAUUCCCUAGAUUGCAACAGUAAAUAAUGCUGUUUAAAAUAAUGGUUUGUAUAAAAAGAAUUGCCUUUUUAUUGUGGUGUAAAAUAUGAUAACUUUUUCUUCUUGAUGGCUUUUUUUCUUCAUUCCUCUGAUUACGCAGAUGCCAAUGGAAAGUGCGUUUUAUGUUGUAAGAUCUUUAUGAGAUACCUUGUGUACAAACGUUCAGCACAACAAAGCAUCACAACAAAACUAUUUUUUUCUGUUGAUAUUUCAUCAUCUUUGCGAGUCCACUUUUACAGUUAUUCUAUGUUUGACAUGACAAUGUUUUAUAUGCUAAAUAUACAAUAUCAUCAUUAAAAUGUAAACGGCAUUUAAAACACAAGUUUAUUUGGUAUUCAUAAACAUUUAUAUGUGUAAGGGCUUCCAUAGCAUCACAUGGCUUUAGAGUAUUUGCAGUUUCUCUUCUUGGGGAGGGGGUUGUUUAUUUGUAAUGCUGUAGGGUACAAUUAACCUAAACUUUUCUGAUUUCCUGAUUGGAAAAACCUUCAGGAAAUGCUGUAAAAGAAGUUUCAAAAUUGUUUCCGAUAGAUGUAUUUUCAAACAUGUUAAUUCUGAAAAGUUUUACAAAUAUAUCAGCCAACAAUCCAAAAUUCUUAUUCUUGUUACCAGUAGGACAAACUUGUAUUUUAACUAUUUUUCCUCUUUUAAAGGCCAUAUAAAAGUCUAAUUUAUUUUGAGCGAAAAUGCUUGUGUAAAUAUCUUGUCCAGUCUGAA